ACAAUCCCGUACCCACUCAGCCCUCCCUUUUGCCUUACCACCCUUCUCUCUUUACCCCUUCCCUACUCUAUCCCUCUCACCCCUUCCUCCGCCCUCUCUUUACCUCCACCGGCCCUGAACCGGAAGCUACCGCCCGUCGGCGGAACCUCUAACCCGCGGUUCCUCCGCAGGCUGCUCCGUACGAACCUGGCAAAUAUUAUAACAGUGUCUCUGACCCUUGAUGUACUAGUUACUGAGGCAACUUACUCGUAAAAAUUGUUGUGGGAUGCUCCAAUUUAUCAAGUCAAAGCUGAAAGUUAAUAGUGGGCUGCCAUGUCCAACCUCCUUCACCUUGAAAUGGCACAAGAACGAGAGCAAAAUCUCAUCAGUGACACAUCUGAUGGUGCAGAAUAUUUGUCAGUCCCUCCUCCUCCUCCCCUCCCUCCACCCUUUCUGUCCCCUCCUUCUGAACCAUCACGAAAUAAAUUAUACCAGAUUCUUGCUCAAGACCGAUUACCAGUAACUGGAGACCGGAAAGAGGUGAAGAUGCUGGUCCAGAGCAGACCUAACAGUUUCAAAAAAGAUUUGCAAUGGCUCCUUAUUAAUAAAUACGUACCCUCGCUGAUCCAGGAUGGUCCACAGUGUGGACUGGUGGCUCUGUGGAUGGCCGGACAUUUGCUGAACAUGUGUGAGGUACAGGGUCUGAAGGAGAUAGUGGACUGUGCGAAGGCCAGAGGGUAUACUGCUCAGGGAGAGAUGUUUUCAGGUGCAAACAUGGUGAAACUGGCCGAGGAAGUUUUCCAGUGUCAUGCUGAUCUCCUCAAUAAUGGCUUAAUGGGAACUAACAAAGCCAGAAUAAUGCAGCAUCUCUUUGCUGGUUAUCCUGUAUUAGUACCGUAUGAUGAAGACUUCAAUCAUGAGCCCUGUCUGCGCAAAGGGCAUAAAGCUCACUGGGCAGUAAUUUCAG